CCGCUCUGUUCUGAUCUCAGCUUGAGUCAAUUUCACAGGAAAGUCGACCCUGAUGCUAACUAUCAAAAGCACUAAAAAACAUCAUCUGAUCUUCUGACUUCCAAGUGGAUAUUCAUUCUGGACAGAUGCGACAAAGUGACUGUCUGAAAUCAAAGACCGACUUCUUUGAUAGCGGCUUCGACCUCAGAAGUUACUUCGCAGCGAAACUUUUAACUCUUGUGUCUGAACUCAGAAACUGAAACUGACAACAUCUCCAAGACACUGAACUGCAGGGUCUGAAAUCAACUUCAAAAGCCCCUCCGGUACAGGUCUUGUAAUUGUUGUAAAGCCUGGGGGCUUUUGGUUGUUGAUGAUCACAAAUGUUAGCGGUGGGGCAGAUGGAUACUAAUCGCCAGAGUGCUUUCGUCCUGGGCAGUACACCGCUGGCAGCACUUCAUAACAUGGCUGAAAUGAAGACAUCUUUAUUCCCUUAUGCUUUGCAGAAUCCCUCAGGUUUCAAGGCACCUUCGCUAACAAGUUUGAACACUCAGAUCCCUUUGGGGACGCCACAUGGAAUUAGUGAUAUCUUGGGCAGACCGAUAACUACAGCCGGAAAUCUCCUUUCUGGACUCCCAAGGAUAAAUGGACUUGCCACUUCAGCAGGAAUGUACUUUAACCCGGCUGCUGUUUCCCGAUAUCCAAAGCCUCUGACGGAACUCCCGGGGAGAGCUCCAAUAUUUUGGCCUGGUGUUAUGCAGGGAUCGCCCUGGAGAGACCCGCGAGUCCCAUGUCCGGCGCAAACUAACAUGGUUCUUGAUAAAGACGGAAAGAAGAAACAUUCUAGACCUACAUUUUCAGGACAACAAAUUUUUGCAUUGGAGAAAACGUUUGAACAGACAAAAUACUUGGCAGGACCCGAGAGAGCUCGCUUAGCUUAUUCCCUGGGUAUGACGGAGAGUCAAGUGAAGGUAUGGUUUCAAAACAGAAGAACCAAAUGGAGGAAGAGACACGCGGCGGAAAUGGCAUCAGCCAAAAAGAAACACGAUUCAGAAACAGAAAAGUUGAAGGAAAGUUCGGACAAUGAGGAUGAUGACGAAUAUAAUAAACCUCUGGACCCAAAUUCUGAUGACGAAAAAAUAACGAGACUGCUGAAAAAACACAAAGCCACGAAUUUAGGUCUUAUAAGCCCCUGCAGUAACAGUUCGGACACGUUGUGAUGACACAUUAUGUACAAAGACUUUCAAAUAUUCCAAUACGCUUUUAAAGCUGAUUUAACCAGGGUAUACAAUGUUUAAAAACGAGUCGAGAAAUGCAACUUGGUGUUGUAAGUGAUAAGUGUUGUACAGACGAUAAUGUAUGUGAGAUGUAUAUAUUUUUUACUAAGUUAUGUACUUAACGGUAUACAGAACAUGGAAUGCAACUUUUUUUUUGUUCAGGCGUUUUCAAAAUCUUCACUUUUUUUGUUUUACAGAAUCGUGGCACCUAACAAUCAGUUUCAUAUAUAUAUAAUUCCUGUUCUGUAUAGGUUUAAAUCCAUCAAUCUGGUAUAUGUAAAAAGUGCAAAUGUUGUUUAUUAUAAUGUAAAAAAAAAACUUUAAUUUUCUCCACAACAACAGAUUUUUACCAUUUGAAGGAAUUUAUGUUUUUACCUCAUUAAACAAAAUAGAAAAAUUGGAAAAUUCUUUUAUGUUGAAAAAAAGAUAAUAUUGAUUCCACAAGAGUUGGAAAACACUUUGUAUUAUCAAUAAAUUAUUUAACAACAUUUU